GAGGAAAAGCUGGAGGAGAAGAGCGAGCGGGCUCCCCCUGAGGGGCGCGCGGCAUUUCCCCCCGAGAACGGGCGAGCGAGAGCGGCGCUUGCCUGCGAGGGGGGCGACGACGAGCGUUGCUCUCCUCCUUCGCUUCACUGCUGGAGAGGCGGCGGCGGCGAGCAGCAGCAGCAGCAGCGGGAAUAGACACGGACAGCAGGUUGCAGCCGGGAGCCGACGCCUCGCCCGCGCUGGGGACUCAGGCAGGCGGACUCUCAUGCGGCGGCGGCGGCAGCAGCAGCUCUUCGCCGGCCGCUCCAAACUCCGUGCCUGUGCGGCGGCGGCAGCGGCGGCGGCAAGCGCGAGCUCCGGCUCCGUCCUCCUUCCUCUUCCCACCUUGGCGACCCGCGCGGGGGCCGCCGCCCCGUCUCUCCAGCCCGCCAGCCCGGGGCGGCUGCACCUUCCUUGAAGCCUGGGAGCCCCCACUCCCCCGCUGCUCUUCCCUAUGGGGAUUCGGGAGUUCCCCAACGGCACGGCCAGGGGCAAGACCGUCGCCAUUGGCAUGAGGAGAUCUCCAGACGUCAGCCCCAGGAGGCUGUCAGACAUCAGCCCUCAACUCCGGCAGCUGAAAUACCUAGUGGUGGAUGAGGCGAUCAAAGAGGAUUUGAAAUGGUCCCGAUCUGUGGAAGACCUCACCAGUGCGACCGUGGGGCUCACCUCCAUUGAGGAAAGGAUUCUACGGAUUACUGGCUACUACGGCUAUCAGCCCUGGGCUGCCAGCUACAAAAGGGAUGAGCGUCCCCAUGAUUCCCCAGCCCCAGCAGAAGCCCAGGCACAAGCUGGGAUGGAAGCUGGUGGAAGAGGGAACCGAUGUUGCUGGACAUGCUCUGUGACCCAGCUUAAGAAAAUUUUCUGGGGUGUAUUGGUGGUGCUUGGAGUCUGCUCUUCCUGGUCAGGUUCAACCCAGCUAGCAAAACUGACCUUUAAGAAAUUUGAUGCACCCUUCACUUUGACAUGGUUUGCAACAAACUGGAACUUUUUAUUCUUUCCUUUGUAUUACAUUGGACAUGUUUGUAAGUCAGCUGAAAAACAGUCUCCACAACAAAAAUACAGGGAGUGCUGUCAAUUUUUUGGAGACAACGGCUUGACACUGAAGGCAUUUUUUACCAAGGCAGCACCCUUUGGUGUUCUUUGGACACUGACAAACUACCUGUACUUACAUGCAAUAAAAAAAAUAAACACCACGGACGUCUCUGUGUUGUUCUGCUGCAACAAAGCUUUUGUGUUUUUGCUUUCGUGGAUCGUUCUCAGGGACAGAUUCAUGGGAGUGAGGAUUGUGGCUGCUAUACUUGCUAUUGCGGGGAUAGUCAUGAUGACUUAUGCUGAUGGAUUCCACAGUCAUUCAGUUAUUGGAAUAGCACUUGUUGUGGGAUCUGCAUCAACAUCAGCCCUCUAUAAGGUUUUGUUUAAGCUUCUCCUGGGGAGUGCUAAAUUUGGGGAAGCUGCCUUAUUUUUGUCAGUGUUAGCGGUCUUCAAUGUACUUUUUGUUACCUGUAUUCCUAUCAUCCUUUACUUUACCAAAGUUGAAUACUGGAGUUCUUUUGAUGACAUUCCUUGGGGAAGCAUUUGCGGAUUUUCAGUCCUAUUAUUGACAUUCAAUAUUUUAUUAAAUUUUGGGAUUGCUAUUACAUAUCCUACCUUGAUAUCUCUUGGAAUUGUACUAAGUGUACCUGUAAAUGUCGUUGUUGAUCACUACUUGAGUGACAUUGAAUUCAACAGCGUCCGCGUAAUUGCCAUUGUCAUCAUUGGCCUGGGCUUCCUGCUGCUGCUUUUACCAGAGGAAUGGGAUGAGUGGUUGAUAAAGCUCCUCACUCGCCUCAAAGUACGAAAGAAGGAAGAAAUACCAGAAGGAAAUGGAGACAUUGUUUCAGGAUUACAAAAUAAAAGCAGGAGAACACGCCCAUCCAUGUCAUCAUUCUCACAUUAAUGUUGUUUUUUUUAUGGAAAGUCUUAACAUUAUAUGCUGUAAUUCACAGAUCUUUUCUUGCAAAGCACAUAUGUUCAAUACAGUGUACAUAGAUGUACAGUUUUGAUAAUAAUAGAGUCUGAGGCAUCACGUUUCAGCAUGUCCAAACUGCUUGCACUGUUUCACAUCAGAUAUUUCACUUGAGAGAACUCAUUUAAAAAGGCAAAAACAGAAUUCUUUUUAAAUGAAUGUAAUGUAUAAACAAAUUAUAUUGCAUAUAUUGUUUUAAUGAUCAACCAUCAUGAAAAGCAGGGCAUAUAUUUUAAACAUUAAGUACUGAAUGACACAUCGCACACUGUGAUUUACAAAUAUAUAUAAUAUAUAUAGAGAGAAAAACAGAUGCUAUACUAUGUCAUAAGCUUAUUUUUUACCAGAGCUGUACUCUAUAAAUGUUUUCAUAUAAACCAAAAGAAAAUCUUUUGGUGGGGG